UGGCACCAUCUGACAGGCAGCUGAGCAGAAAUUAAUCACAAAGCAAAGCAAAGCAAAGCAAAGCAAAAGAAUUUCUGUCGCUCGUCGUUUGCGGUACGGCGCGCUGCUGUACUUUUGUUGGUUCGUGUCGGACCCCGUGUAAAAUGUCGUCCUUUACGGGAAGAUGAAAAACUGUGCCUAGCCGACGCGAGAAGUGCUUUCUUUCGGUUUUCGUUUUCGUUUGUCCAUUUUGCCCGUCCCGAAUACACCAGCGAGAGCAGUGAAGGUUAUCGGCGACCAGCUUCCCGGGUGGGCGUUUUUUCCCUGCUCUCCGUUUGUCCCGUUUUUGGCGAUGUACUCGGCGAUGAAGAUAGAAUUGUUGGGCCUGUGAUACGCGCGAGUGCAAAGUUCUGUCCAAGUGACCAUCCUUGCCCCCGUGCAAAAGUUUGUUCGUGCCGUGCGACAUUUGUAGAGCGGAAGGAAAAAAGAGAUCCGACUCUGCGCUUCGGAACCAGAUCGGAACCAAACCCAUCCAUCGCCGGAUCGUCGUUUUCGGCCCAAGAACGCAACGGAAUUAACGGGUUAAGAAAGAAAGCAGCAGCAGAAACGCCGACGAAGCAGGCACUGGCAGGCUGGCAUGGUUGGAUGUCGGUACGUGCGAGGUGCAGCAAAACGGGGAAAGUAAAUAUUUUUGGGUGCCAGUGAUCUUGUCCUUUUGGUUUGGCGGAAGCGACGGCGGCAGAAGGUGACGAAAGCGGCAGCGGCGGCGGCGGCUGCGGCGGUGGCGACGGUGGCGGUGCUAAGGCCUGUGGCAAAGCGUGUAUCGACCGAAGGAGAUUUUUUCACUUUUCCUCUUCCCAUAACAAACCGCCUUUUUCGCCAUGGACUCCUCGAUAAUUACUGUACAGGCACAGUAUUCGUUCAAGGGUUCCAACAACGAUGAGCUGUGUUUCAAAAAGGGCGAUAUCAUAACGCUUACCCAGCGUGAAGAGGGUGGUUGGUGGGAGGGAACGUUGGGCGACAAGACAGGCUGGUUUCCUAGCAAUUACGUGAAGGAAUAUGUCGGACCGUUGCCCUUAUCCGAAACAAUACGACCCCCCGAGGAAAUACAGGCCUUUCGAUCGGUGGUGUUUCGUGAUUUGUUAGAAAGCGAGAAGGCACAUGUUGCCGAGUUGCGCGGCCUAUCCGAAAACUUCCUGGAACCGCUGGAAGGCAGCCAAAUACUUUCUUCCAACGAAUAUACGCAAUUAAUGUGCAACUUUCUCGAAGUGGUGGAAAUGCACGAAGAGUUCUUACAGACUCUGGAGGAUUGCAAUGAUCGUGUUGGCAAGGUGUUUCUGUCGAAUGCCCCAACGAUGAAGAAAAUACACCAAUUCUACUGUGCAGCGCAUCCCCGUGCCAUAGUGAUAGUGGAUAAGUUUCGUGAUGAGCUGAAUGUGUUCAUGGAAAAACAGGGUGCAGCUAAGCCAGGUCUGCUUGUGCUUACUACCGGUCUUUCGAAGCCGUUUCGACGUCUUGAUAAGUACGCCGCCAUACUGCAGGAACUCGAACGCCACAUGGAAAGCGGACAUCCGGACAGAGGCGAUACUCAACGCAGUAUCGCCGUGUACAAGGAUAUAGCUUCCUCUUGCUCGGCUACUCGACGGCAGAAGGAACUGGAGCUGCAGAUACUAACCGGACCAGUGCGCGGAUGGCAGGGUGCUGAGCUAAGCACGCUCGGUGACAUCAUCCACAUGGGCAGUGUGGCUGUUGGGCCAGAGCAUAAGGACCGCUACCUGGUGCUAUUUCCCCAGACGUUGCUGAUACUGAGCGUCAGCCAGCGAAUGAGCGCUUUCAAGUACGAAGGAAAGCUUCCCUUGACGGGCAUCACGGUGAACCGUUUGGAAGAUACGGAUCAGCUAAAAAAUGCGUUUGAAAUCAGUGGCACACUGAUCGAUCGCAUCGUAGCAGUGUGUCAAGGACCGAAUGAGGCCAAUCGCUGGGUGGAAUUGCUGAGCCCCAAGUCCGGAGCAGCUGAGCAGGGCAACACAGGAGCCGUGGACAUGAAGCGCAACGUUAGCAGCUCGGCCGUUAAUAUUCCACAACCUCCACCGCAUUGCAGCAAACAACUAGCACUCGAUUCUCGUGGCUACAGUACUCGUGUAUCCGUGUGUGCAUAUGACGACAAUGGUGGUCGGGGGUGCGGAAUGUACGGUGCUGACUUUGAAGCAACACUUCCGCCUUCGAAUUACCCACCUACGGCACCUUAUGCCGAGUUGACCAGCUAUUUUCGUCGCCUUUUCCGAGCGGGUGAACUGUCCCGGUAUGUCGUGCAAGCUUUACUAUAUCCCCAAGUAACUCACAAAUAUGACAGACGCUUGGUAGUGAUGAGACGGCGGCGACAUAAAACUACUGUGCGGAUGCAACGACGCGACAAGGAAGCGGCAGCACGGGCAGUGCCCUCAGAACAUGGCAAAAAUGAUGCAAACUCGACCGAGCAGCAGACCAGUAAGGAUGGUGACGCAGAAAGCAGUGUAAGAAAAGAGUGUCAUUCACGGGAGAGAAGCUACAACUCCAGCGACUCUGAGUCGUCAUCGUGCGCUUCAUCCUCUUGCUCGAGAAGUCGAUCAAACCUCGAACGCCAGAAUGCAGUGGAUUAUGUGGAGGAAGACGACGAUGCAUACGAAACGAUAACAUUUUUUGCUGGUAAAAGUAAGCCCAAUCCCGACAGUAGUUGCGAGGGCAGCACAGUGUAUGAAAGUUACGACGAUCCACAUUCUACCGAGGGUGGUUCUUUUACGUAUAAAGUUGGUGCCCAAAAAACCUCCUCUUGUUCCACAGACGAAGCGGACAGUGCAUCAGAAGAUGGCGACUACGAUAACGAUGAUAAUCGUAGCUCACAAAUGAUUGGUUCGGCAGCGAUUCCGUUUCUACGCCUUAACGAUCGUGAAUCGCUCAACAGUGGCGGGGCGCAUGGCAGUGCUCGAUCAAACGCUGGACGGUCGUCGGGAAUCCAUACGUCUACGGCACGCCUGAUGCUAGGCGAAUUAAAGCUGCAGUGCUCGGAACAGUCCCAAGUGUCCAGCUUCGAGCAUAGGGAUGCCCACGGACGAAUGGCUUGCGAAAAUCUGCUUAAUCUAGACGAGUCCAUGCAGAUAAAACACUCCCUGCAGCAAAAAACGAUCACCGAGGAGCGCCACAGCAUGCCGACGUACUUCGUGGGCAACCGUUUCAACAACUCGUCGGUAACAGAAAUAUACAUUCCUUCGUGGAAAGAAGACUGCCAGGUCGCGGAUGCACAGGGAACUACGGCAGGGACCUCAAACGGGGCGGGCAAUACCGAUCGCAACAGUGUACAUUCCAGUUCGCUAGACAUACCCGCCAUCGUGCCCGCGCCCGAUCCGGUGACGGCGGAGUUGCUGUACAACUUUCCAACGAGCACAGCAUCUGGACACGACGGUGCCGAUGAUCGUCAGAUUCUCGACAACAUUGUGCUUGGAUGUUUAUCUCGCGAGCAGUCACCAUUCCGUAAGCAUUCAAUAAAUUCCGAUAAAAAACUUGUGCUAAAUCCGAAUCAUCAUAGAAAAGACAAGGACGAUUCGCAGGAUACGAGCAGAACGCCGGAGACGAGGCUAGAUAAAAAAGCAACCGAACCUGCAACCUCAACUGCCAGACGAUGUCUUAGCUAUCAGUACGUGCAACUGUCCAGUAAACCAUUAUCGCCUGCCGCACCGAAGAACCUUGAUUCGAACAACAAUUUGUCGGGUGAGGAUCGCGGAAGGUACGACAAGAGUGCCACUCGUGGACAGGACGAUUCUGACCACAUAUCGGAUGGAUACCGUGCGACUGGCCCAGCGGGCACGGAUCACAAAUGCCGAUUCUGUAGUUUCUAUUCCCGGGGCCACAGUCCCCAUUCGAGCGAUUCAGGUAUGGCCGGUAGUUGUACAAUCUCGUCGCCAGAUGGACCUGCUAAAUUUUCCGGUGAUUUUCUUCUUUGUGAUUAUCCAGAACAGCGUACACUUCUGGACGAGAACGUCCCCAGUGCGCACAGCAACAUUGCUCACGGGAUGCUGCACGAUCGUGAGCCUCCGGAAGAUACUGUCGAUGGCGUUCCUUCACGUUCGUUUUCGCUGAGACAAUCUCGCUCAAGUCACAAUUUGGGUCGAUUUGCGCUCGUUGGUGAGAGUGAGUUCGAUUUCACCGAUAGUGGACAGUACGAUCACCAUAAUGAUCAGCAUGCUCAUGAUACUUCUCAGCCUCAUGGUGAGAGGCGGCAAGACUUGGAGAAGAACAGUGCCACUGUCGCGGGAGGUGACGGGGCAUCGGUAGAAGUGGAACAGUCUGCGGCUGCGCUGUCCGAACCAAGAAGGCUUUCGGCGCUACAUGAUCAUUCGGGACAUGAUCGGGUAGUGCGUAGCAGAAGUGAAGAUCGAGUGUUCUCGUUAUUCUCCUCGAUGGACAGAGAAGGCGAUGCUGCCGCCGAACCACGGCUCUAUUCUGGCCGAAGUCGCAUUGUAGUGAAUCUGUACGAUCGCUCUUCCGCUGCCAUGCAACGUGGAUUGAUGCAAUCGGCGGUUCCGCCCACCGGCGGCGAGUCAGCGCAAGACCGGAUCACCUACAAAACUGGGCUUUAUGCACACUGGUGGAAGAAGGAAAAGUUACCGAUAUUUGUCGCCACGAGCAACGAGUCGCUGAAGCUGCCACCGGCCUCGGGGCCACUAUCACGGCCCAUGUCGCCACGAUCUCCAUGCAUUGGUGAUAGUAGCAAUAGUAGCAGUACUAAUAGUAGCAAUCCCACGACCAGCCAGGCGGGCGUCUUUCCUUCUGGUGGUGAUGGUCUAUCGCAUCGUCCGAACAUUUCCUCUAAUGGUGCAGCCGCUCGGGGUUCAGAUGUCACCGCCGUCAGCAACCGGAAACAGCCAUCCAUCGCGCAGCGGCACGUCCAGCAUCGUGCAGCACAUGUCGCAACACAAACGCAGCCAGUCGUUCAAUCACCAUCUGAGCUACAAUCAAGUACAGCAGCAGCAGCAGCAGCAGCAACAGCAGCUCCAACAACAGCAACUAAAGCAACAUCAACAGAAUCCAAAUCUGUCAGCUUCCCCGAACUCCCUGAACCUAAAUCGUCUCGAGGCAAACCAAGCGGCUCUAAAUCAAAAAGGUUUUUCGGAAAAAGCUAAUUGGAACAUCACUAACCUAAGACCGGCACCUCCAUUGCGUCCAGCGUUUCUAAGCUCGGUUGCCGUCAGUGGCGCGGGCAGUGCUGGAGGUGGAACAGGCGGUGGACGGAGUGCAACGGCAAGCAUUACCGGAAGCAUUGGGGGAGCGGCGGCCAGCUGUGUCGGCGGUGGCAGCAGUGGAGGAGGCAGCACCAUUUUAAACACCUCCGAUAGCGUGCAUCACAGCUUGAGUUUCAGCUCGAGCUCGAAGGUGUCACCGACCUACGAGGAGGAUGCACUAGUUCUGCGCGUCAUCGAAGCGUACUGUGCCGCCUACCAGAGCACUUCGCGCAACACUAUGCAUUCAGGUAAGCUGUGUGUAGUGUUUGUGGCUUAUCUUGCUUGUUAUUUUAUUCUGUUCCUAUAAUAUUUGUGUUUUAUUUUCGUUUGUUUCCGU